AUGAAGUCCGUGCUGUUCAGCCGCUUCUUCAUCCUACUGCCCUGGAUCCUAAUCGUCAUCAUCAUGCUCGACGUGGACACGCGCAGGCCCGCGCCCCCGCUCACCCCGCGCCCCUACUUCUCUCCCUAUGCAGCGGGCCGCGGGGGCCCACGACUCCCGCUCCGCAGCCGCAGGGCCGGCCCCGUGCGCGGGGUCGAAAAGCGCAACGAGUCUCGGCAGCAGCCGCCGCCGCAGCCGCAGCUGCCCACCAUCUAUGCCAUCACGCCCACCUACAGCCGCCCGGUGCAGAAAGCUGAGCUGACCCGUCUGGCCAACACGUUCCGCCAGGUGGCGCAGCUGCACUGGAUCCUGGUGGAGGACGCGGCGGCGCGCAGCGAGCUGGUGAGCCGCUUCCUGGCCCGGGCCGGGCUGCCCAGCACGCACCUGCACGUGCCCACGCCGCGGCGCUACAAGCGGCCCGGGCUGCCGCGCGCCACCGAGCAGCGCAACGCCGGCCUCGCCUGGCUGCGCCAGAGGCACCAGCACCAGCGCGCGCAGCCCGGCGUGCUGUUCUUCGCCGACGACGACAACACCUAUAGCCUGGAGCUCUUCCAGGAGAUGCGGACCACACGCAAGGUCUCUGUCUGGCCCGUGGGCCUGGUUGGUGGGCGACGCUAUGAACGUCCGUUGGUGGAAAAUGGCAAAGUCGUUGGUUGGUACACCGGCUGGAGAGCAGACAGGCCUUUUGCCAUCGACAUGGCAGGAUUUGCUGUAAGUCUUCAAGUCAUCCUGUCCAACCCAAAAGCUGUAUUUAAGCGGCGUGGAUCCCAGCCAGGGAUGCAAGAAUCUGACUUUCUAAAACAAAUAACAACAGUGGAAGAACUGGAACCAAAAGCAAAUAACUGCACCAAGGUUCUCGUGUGGCACACUCGGACAGAGAAGGUUAAUCUCGCCAACGAGCCAAAGUACCACCUGGACACAGUGAAAAUUGAGGUAUAAAAUCAAAGCAACAACUGGUGCAGUUUGCCUGGCCAAAGGAUGUGGACGAGGAUGUUUGGAGUUUAGGCUGCAGAGAUUCAGGUAUUGUUCACUUUACUUCAGUACAACAGCCUUUAUUGUCAUCUGAUGGACAUCUGUGUAAACAGUGCUUGUCAGUUAACAGAAGCUAACCGGAUGGUACAAAACGUAUGUUUUGUCUUCAUUUGUUCUGCAUGUUUUCCCUACAACUAAAUUGGAAGAUUUUUGUAUAGUACAGUCAUAUGACACUGCAGGAUACUAUUCUGAGUAUCUUACACUUUCUUCCUCCCCCUCAAUUUGGCAGCACUGAACAGCUUUUAGAAACAAGAUGAGAGGUAUUUUAUCAGGUAAACGUUCCCAAUUCCUGACUUUGCAACAUUAAGUAAUUUUUGGAAGACUGGUGGCAGUAUACAUCAUAGGAAAUAAAAACCCCACAAUUGAAAAGGUCUAUGGAUUCAUCUGUUUAAUAUAGGGAAAUAACAUUUUGUCAAUACUAGGCACCAUAAAAUGUAAACACAAUUACUGUCAUAAACCUGGAUAUACCUUCAAGGAUUCAAAGUGGCUUUGUUUUAGUUACCCUGUUUGCAUGUAGUGCAGAAAAAGGUCUUCAUAUUAGCACUAUGUACAUAAGACGAGAUCCAAAUUACAAGAGAGGCAGAUAAAAUUUGUAUUCUUUAAACAUUCGUUAAACUAAGUUUUGUAGUAA